CCGCCGCCAUCUUAGUCGCUGCCGCUGCCUCCAGCAAAGCGCUGCUUCGGCGGAGCAGGGAGGGCGCCCGCGGCCGGAGCCCGCGGCCCAGCGUCUCGGCGGCGGCGGCGGCGGCGGCGGCGCCUCCUCGGUCCCCGGUGCUCGCCGCGGCGCCCAGCAGCCGGCCCCGGGCCGCGAGAGCCCCGCUCGGCGCCCCGCGCGCCUCCCUGCCUCUCCCGCCCCGGGCGGCCGCAGCGCCGGGAGCCGGAGCGAUGCUGCGCCGCCCCGCGCCCGCGCCGGCCCCGGCCUCCUGGCUGCUGCUGGCCGGGCUGCUGUGCGGCGGCGGGGUCUGGGCCGCGCGAGUUAACAGGCAUAAGCCCUGGCUCGAGCCCACGUAUCAUGGCAUAGUCACGGAAAACGACAACAGGGUGCUUCUCGACCCUCCCCUGAUCGCCCUGGAUAAAGACGCGCCGCUGCGCUUUGCAGAGAGUUUUGAGGUGACAGUCACCAAAGAAGGUGAGAUCUGUGGAUUUAAAAUUCACGGGCAGAAUGUCCCCUUUGACGCGGUGGUGGUGGAUAAGUCCAGUGGCGAGGGCCUGAUUCGCUCGAAGGAGAAACUGGACUGUGAGCUGCAGAAGGACUACACGUUCACCAUCCAGGCCCACGACUGUGGGAAGGGGCCGGACGGCACCAACGCCAAGAAAUCCCACAAAGCCACGGUGCACAUCCAGGUGAACGAUGUGAACGAAUACGCCCCUGUGUUCAAGGAGAAGUCCUACAAGGCCACCGCCGUCGAGGGGAAGCAGCACGACAGCAUCCUGCGGGUGGAGGCCGUGGACGCAGACUGCUCGCCUCAGUUCAGCCAGAUCUGCAGCUACGAGAUCGUCACCCCAGACGUGCCGUUUGCUAUUGACAACGACGGUUAUAUUAAAAACACAGAGAAGCUAAACUACGGGAAAGAACAUCAGUACAAGCUGACGGUCACCGCCUACGACUGUGGGAAGAAAAGAGCAACAGAAGACGCCUUAGUAAAGAUCAGCGUCAAGCCCACGUGUGCCCCUGGGUGGCAAGGGUGGAGCAAUAGGAUCGAGUACGAGCCGGGCACGGGCGCCUUGGCCCUCUUCCCAAACAUCCACCUGGAGACAUGCGACGCACCGGUCGCAUCCGUCCAGGCAGUGGUGGAGCUGGAGACAGGCCACAUUGGCAAAGGCUGCGACCGAGACACCUACUCUGAAAAGUCCCUCCACCGGCUGUGCGGUGCUGCCCCUGGCACUGCCGAGCUGCUCCCGUCGCCAAGCAGCUCCGUCAACUGGACGGCUGGGCUCCCCACCGACAACGCCCACGACAGCGACCAGGUCUUCGAGUUCAACGGCACCCAGGCUGUGAGGGUCCCAGAGGGUGUUGUCUCCGUUGACCCCAAGGAGCCUUUCAUGAUCUCCGUGUGGAUGCGGCACGGGCCCUUUGGCAGGAAGAAAGAGACGAUUCUUUGCAGUUCAGACAAAACAGACAUGAACAGGCACCACUAUUCGCUCUACGUCCACGGCUGCCGGCUGAUUUUCCUCCUCCGGCAGGAUCCUUCCGAGGAGAAGAAAUACAAACCUGCAGAAUUCCACUGGAAGUUGAAUGAGGUGUGUGACGAGGGCUGGCAUCACUAUGUCCUCAACGUGGAGUUCCCACGAGUGACCCUCUACGUGGACGGGGUGUCCCACGAGCCCUUCUCCGUGACUGAAGAUUACCCGCUGCAUCCUUCCAGGACAGACACGCAGCUCGUGGUGGGCGCUUGCUGGCAAGAGUAUGCAGGAGUUGAAGGUGACAAUGAAACUGAGCCUGUGACCGCGGCCUCUGCAGGUGGUGACCUGCACAUGGCCCAGUUUUUCCGUGGUAAUCUGGCUGGCCUAACGAUCCGUUCUGGGAAACUGGCGGAUAAGAAGGUGAUUGAUUGCUUGUACACCUGCAAAGAGGGGCUGGACCUGCAAGUCCCCGAAGACAGUGGCAAAGGCCUGAAGGUCCACACAAACCCCAGCCAGGCGGUGGUGACCCUGGAGGGGGAGGACCUUGGGGAGCUCGAGAAGGCCGUGCAGCAUGUUUCCUACCUGAACUCACGACAGUUUCCCACACCUGGAAUCCGAAGACUCAGAGUCACCACCACGGUCAAGUGCUUGAACGAGGCCACCUGUGCCCCAGUCCCCCCGGUCGACAGCUACGUGGUGGUCUUACAGCCCGAGGAGCCCAAGAUCAGCCUCAGCGGGGUCCACCAUUUUGCACGUGCGGCUUCUGAAUUUGAAAGCCCAGAAGGGGUUUUCCUUUUCCCCGAGCUUCGAAUCAUCAGCACCAUCACGAGGGAAGUGGAUCCUGAAGGGGGUGGUGACGAGGACCCCACAGUUCAGGAGUCCCUGGUGUCUGAGGAGAUCGUGCACGACCUGGACACCUGUGAGGUCACCGUGGAGGGGGAGGAGCUGAACCAGGCGCAGGAGAGCCUGGAAGUGGACGCCAGCCGCCUGCAGCGGGAGGGCAUCGAAGUGAGCGGCUGUGAUCGGGGCCUGGUCCUCACAGGCGUGGACACCAUGGCCAGCUACGAGGAGGCCCUGCGUCGGCUGCGCUAUCGCAACUGGCACACCAGGUCCUUGCUCGACCGCAAGUUCAAGCUCGUCUGCUCGGAGAUGAACGGCCGCUACGUCAGCAAUGAAUUCAAGGUGGAGGUGAACGUGAUCCACACGGCCAGCCCCGUGGAGCACGCCAACCACAUGGCCGCCCAGCCGCAGUUCGUGCACCCCGAGCACCGCUCGUUUGUCGACCUGUCGGGCCACAACCUGGCCAGUCCUCAUCCAUUCGCAGUUGUCCCCAGCACGGCGACCGUGGUGAUUGUCGUCUGCGUCGGCUUCUUGGUUUUCAUGAUCAUCCUGGGGGUGUUUCGGAUCCGGGCCGCGCAUCAGCGGACGGUGCGGGACCAGGACGCGGGGAAGGAGAGCGAGAUGGACUGGGACGACUCCGCCUUGACCAUCACCGUGAACCCCAUGGAGACCUACGAGGACCAGCACAGCAGCGAGGAGGAGGAGGAGGAGGAGGAGGAGAGCGAAGAUGGCGAGGAGGAGGACGACAUCACCAGCGCGGAGUCCGAGAGCAGCGAGGAGGAGGAGGGGGAGCACGGCGACCCGCGGGGCGCCAGCCGGCAGCAGCAGCAGCUGGAGUGGGACGACUCCACCCUCAGCUACUGACCGCGGCGCGGACCCUGCUGCCCCCGCCCGCCGUCCGCCCCUCCAGCCCCCGGGACCCCCGACGUGCAAAGCCGAGCGGCCAGGGGUCCUGCAGAGCCUCCCGCUGCUGACGCCCUCCCCGGGCUCGGGGUGCCGGCUUCCUCUGCCCUCUGCCGCAUCUCGUGAGGCGCCGGCGCCGGGACCCCACGGCCCCCCGGACCCGCGUGCUGUCCAGAGUCCUCUCCCGGCUGGCGCCAGGCCGCGGGCACCUGCAGAAAAGCGGGCCCAUGACAUGCACAGGCGAGCAGCGGCCCCUCCUGCUGGUAAUCGUUGCUUUUUUUUUUUUUUUUUUAAGUUUUUAUUUUUUCCAAACUAGUGCAUGUAUAAAAUGGCAGAAUGGGGUUUAAUAUGUAGAUGAUUAACUGACUUUUUAAUAUUUUGUAAAUAAAUUGGAAUUCUGUGUCCUUUGUGCUAGUGUAAUCAAGGAUUGGAGUUUAAAGUGAAAAUCAGAUGACUGAGGGCAGCUGAGUGCCUCGUGGGCGCACAGCUCCGCCACCCCACCCAUGCCCCCAGGGGUGGAAGCCCCAGGGACAGUACCCCCUGGUCUCGGUGGGGGCCUGGGCUUUGGCCGGCUGCUCAGUGGGAGAACCCAGACUGGGGAACCCCUCUCUGGCAGCUGGAAAUACCCAGCUCUUUUUCUUUUCAGUUCACCCUGUUUCCAUUUGGGUGGUGUUGGGUGGGUGGGCACUGCUGGACUCUUCGGCUUAUUAUACACUCCUUGUACAGUAACCCAGACCUCGUCCUGUGCAGCCUUGUUGUUUCUACUUAAUAAAUGUAUUUUUCCCUGCUGGUGAAAUUAUGUAUAAAUUAUACAAACUGACAACUAUUGUGUAAACCGUGGGACCACUUGAUUUGGAGACAGCAACAGGCCCGAGUGAUCUGUCGUUGGAAGGAGACGCCAUGGCCUGAAGGCAAAGCACUAGAUUUUCCCCAAACUGCUGGUGCUCUCCUCCUCCCUCCCCGGAGCGUGGUGCGAGGAUCCCGGGCUGCUCCGCUUAGUGGUGAAGGCAAAGGAGAGAACCGUCAUGGUCCCAGAGUCUUCAGCCACUUAAAAACGACGACGACAAAAAACUCAAUGUAAAACUUAAGAUUUCUAAAAACUACUUUUGAAACUGUUCUGUGAUCGUGACUGUGAGUGUCCAGGUGGCUGACAGUCGUCCCAUGUGGACUGUAACCAGCUCCCUGAGGCGGGGACCGCAGCUGCCCUGUUCAGACAGUGGGUCAGCACUCGCGUGUUGUCUGUAGCCGCCGUGGGUGUCACUUCGCAGAUGUGUAUAUUGAUGCUACGUCAGGAAGUGUCUAAGCUACAAUAAAGUUCUGGUUCUAACUCCA